AUGUCCGCAAUCCUCGACAUCGAAGCACAACGGCUCCAGAACCUGCAACAGAAGCAAAAACUCCUAGAAGAGCUUAACCUGCCCAACUUCUCGCAACCUACCAGACAUGACAACACCACCAAGACAACUAGGCCGGCGGCCAAAAAGCGGCGACUGAAUGCACGCACUGGCAGUGGGAGGCCCACCGUGACGGCGGGCCCAGUGAGGGCUUCUGCAAGAAUAGCAGCAGCGGCAGCCAGCAGAAUCAACUAUGGCGAAGAGCACGAGUCCGAAUCCGAGGGACCAAAUCCUGGUGAUAUCCACAGGCCCAAAUCACGACGAACCACCAAACCCAAAACCAGCUCCCGUUUACAAUCCCAAUCUUACCAGCAGCACUCCCACCCCAUCCCAUCACCAUCCCUAUCCCUAUCAGCCCUUCUAGACACCCACAAUUCCUGGCCCCCCACCGCCCCCGAACCCAUACUACUAUCCGACGGAACCUACCAUUUCUCAUCUCACCCCGAUUUCCGACCCAACAAAUCCCCCUUGGACAUUUUACUCGAAGGCGCCUUUGGAGGCAGCUACUUCUCGCCCUGGCACAGCCGCACUCUCAACUUGACUUUACAGGACGACUACCUGAGAACACUACCUCCGUCAUGGCUGGACCAAUUACGCCCGGCCACAAAGUACAUCACAUCCCCCACGUACGACGCCAGUCUAAACAAAUUCGGCGUGGCGUGCGGCCAGUCUUUGUCCCAGUGGGAGGAUGCCGGCUGGAUCAAUUUUGACUAUGAUCCGAGGGGCUGGUUUGAGUGGUAUAUUCGUUUUUGGCUGGGGAGGCGUUGCGGCGGCGGCGGAGGCGACGACGACGACGACGAUGACGGUGACGGUGACGGUGACGGUGACGGUGACGGUGAUAAUGAGGAUGAUAGGCAGGUCGGUCGGUGGAUUCGAUGUGUAGGUCCCCGCGGCCGGUGGAGACGUAUGUUACUGAAAAAAUAUGUCGACUUGGGUGUCAGGAGUGUUUUUGAUGAUGGGGACGACGAUGACGAGAACGACCGAAAAGUGAGUCCCGUCAUACAUCAGACUUGUCAUCAUUGGGCGUAUGAGGUUCGUCAGUGUGAUUUGGAUGAUGCGUGGCGGAAAAGGACACAAGGGGGUUGA